CUUGCAUCGAAUUGCUUGCAUGCUCUCCCCUUAGUGUUAUAUACCAAGAAGUCUCACGUUUAGAAAGGGAGCCCGUAAAAUAUCCCGAGGAGCUUUGUGGGCUGUACACACAGUGAAUCACAUAGGGUAGACAGGGCAUCUUUGUAUGCAGAUAUUAUACUCCAUGGAGGGAGAUGGCAUUCAGAACAUCUUGGGAUCUGGUUUGACAAGUGAUGAAAAUGGAUCAGCACCAUCUUUGUCUCCUGCUUCUGGAGAGCUUCAGUUUGAAUCUAAUGUUUCCCAGCAGUUAUCAGAUUGUGCAGUGGAAAGCAGACAUUUAGACAUAACUGUUGAAAAUAAUGACAGUGGAGACAGCAAGAUAGAUAAUGAGGUUAAUAAGAGGAUUGAUGGCCAAGACAUUGGUGAAGACCAGAGUGUUCUCAGAGAUACUAUUGACAAAUAUCCAGCUGGUGAUGAUGGGGAACUCUUAGAAAAUUCUUUCGAGGUACAGUCAGAAUCACAAGAAGACACUUUUGAAAGCUGUGAAGAAGAUGAAACUGUGUUAGAAGAACACAUAAGUGAUGCUGAAACCAUAGAUCAUGAUGGAGAAAUGAAGGAAGAGGGUAAGGAUGAUAGUUCAGAAGGCAAACAUCUUCUCAGUCUCAGACAAGUGUCUUACCAUCAGAAGAUAACUUGCUGGAUGGUCUGGAGGAACCCCAGGAUGGUGCAUGGAUGACACAUGAUGAUGAGUCUAGCACUAGAACUGAAGAAAACAUUGACCAUUUGGAAAAUGCUCAGGUUAAUUCAGUGCCUUUAAAGGCAGUCCAGAUGAAAAAGGAGCCUUAUUGUCAGUCAGAUUCAGCAGAAGCUGACGCAGUUCUAGAUAAUAAUGUUCAGCAAUUUUCACUAGAAGCUGAUGAGGUUUUAAACGACAUUGGGCUUCAAGUUCAGCCAACUUCACCAGAAGAUGAUGCAGUUUUAGAUGAAAAAAAGUCUCAAGUUCAUCCAGCAUUAUCAGAAGUAGACACAGUUUUGGAGAAAGUUAAACCACCCUCUUAUUUUAAAUUGUUUCAAACUGAGACUAUUCCUGAAAAGGAUGAACAUCUUUCUCUGUCUGAUUCAUCACCAUCUGUUGUACUUUUGGAUGAUGGGGAUCUUCAUUCUCAGGCAAGUUUUUCACCCACUGAGGUAGUUUUAGAGAAGGAUGAGCCUUUUUCUCAUUCUGAUUCAUCACCAGGAGAGACCCUUUUUGAGCAGGAUGAGCUGUUGUCUAAUUCUGAUUCAUCACCAUCUGUCGUACUUUUGGAUGAACGGGUGCCUCAUUCCCAGACAAAUUCAUCGCCAACUGAAGCAGUUGCUGAGAGGAACCAGCAUCUUUCACUGUCUUCCGCAGCUGCUAAGGUUGUUUUAGAAAAAGAUGAAUCUCUUUCUCUCUCUGAUUCAUCACCUUCUGUAGUGCUUUUGGAUGAAGGUGAACCAUGCUCCCAGUCAAGCUCAUCACCAACAGAAACUAUUCUUGAGACAUUUGAACCCCUUCUCCAGAAAGGUCUUCAGUCAUCUGAUACAGUAUUAGAGGAAGAGGAUGCUGCUGUUAACACAGAUACAGCAUUCCGAGUUCACUUCUGGAUAAGCAUGAGGUUCAUUCACAGACUGGUGCAGUUUUGGAUAAAGGUGAGCCUCUUUGUCACUCGUCUGUGCAACAAGAUGAGGUUGCAGACAGAGACAGUUUUCAGUCUUCCUUUUCAAUGUCUGAGGGUGUUCCAGAAAAACAUAGGUCUCUUCUCCAGUCACAUUUACAACCAGAUGACAGGAUAACAGAUGAAGCAGAGAGUUUAGGUAUUCACCUGUUGAGGCAGUUGCAGAAAAAUGUGAAAGUCAUAAGCUGUGCUCAUCACCAGCAACAGAUAUUACAGUGAAAACCAACCUGCCUCCAGAGGAAGGUUUACAAUCCACAGAUGCUACUCUUGACAGAGAUGGUCAUAGUUUCCUAUCAGGUUUACCAGCUGCCAGAGAUAUUUUAGAGAAACAGGUGCCUUUUUCACAGUUUUUUUAUGAUGGGCUAGAUAAAAGUGUAUGUAGUUCUGAUUCAAGUUCUUCUACAAUGGAUGCCAUUGUGGAGAAGGAUCUCUCACAGGCAGAGUUAUCAUCAUCUGGGGUCCUUAAAGAGACAAAUUCUAGAAUUCAACCUGUACAAGUAACCUUUGGAUUUGAAACAUUAACAGGAGUCCCAGUAGGAGACAGCACUGACCACUCUAGAGAGUUGCAGAGUGGGAUGGAAGCAGAAGGGAAACAGUUGUGUACAUGCUCAUUAGUAGAGCAGUUUAACCGGGACUGGUCCAUUAGAUGCAGUCAGUUACAGAAUCUGACCCCUGAACAGUACUACUUGGUUCUCCUGGAGCAUCUCCAGUUUGUUCAGAAAUUAACAAACAGCCAACCAUCAGUUAAUAAAAUCCCUGACAGUAUUGAUGGAGAAAACAAAAAUACAAACUCCUCUGCUCCUGACCAUGAAGGAAUUCAGCCCUGCCCACUACAUGGAUUCAUGUCACAAGCAGAAGGCACAAGCCUGUUAAACUUGUAUUUUAAUCAUGAAGGCAUCCUUCCAGGUUCAUCUGGUCUUGUUGGAGGUAUUGCAGGGAUCUUGGAUAGUCUAGGUGCACAAGCACGAAGUUCUGCUCAAGAGGAAGAAGAGCUUCCACAAGGGAAAAAACUGAUGAAGCUGAAAGACAGAAUUGAAAAAGAGUUGCAGAAUCUGCAUGAAAAAGAGAACUAUAUGAAGAAAACCUUGAGAGAGCUAACGGCAUCCAAAACAAAGGUGGAUAAAGAAUGGGCGGCCUAUAUCAGCCAGCUUCACUCCAGACUAGAUAAGCAGCACCGCCAGGCCAAGGAAGUGUUCUAUAAAAAACACAGCAGUUGCGAAAAAAAGAUAAAGGAACGUCAGAUCGAGGUAUGCAGCUAUCAGACCCAGCUAACAAACCUUCUGGCUCGCGUGGAAACAGCACUUCAUCAUGAUGGGUGCCCCCAACCAUCUUCUGGCUUUAAAACUUUAAAGAAGGAGUUGACUACGAUUCUAAGUAUGAUGCCUGAAUUUCAGGUUGAAGCCAAACAAUCAUACAUCCUUGACCGUCCUGACGACAUCACCAAAAAUCUCUCCUUUAUUGCGGGAUCUGUAAAAGUCAAGGUUAAUUAUUCAUCUUUCUCUGAACAAGAGACCUCAGGACAAAAUGAAGAAUUAUCACCACCAACAGGAAAAGUAAUUCCAGCACAGCACACUGAGAUGUCACCAGCACCGCAAUGUAAUAGUUCUACUGCACAACAACAUGAGGUUUUGGCAUCACUUCCAGAUCUUGGCAGUACAAUCAUCCCAGACAAGAGUACUACUGCUGAAUCCAGGACUGCACCACAAGCGAAGAUCGCAGAGACACCACAGGUUGCUGGUAUUAUGGGACCACAUAAGCAAGAAAUUGCAGAUACAGAAAAGAAGGGUGCUGGUGUAGAACAAAGUCAGACCUCAAGGGCAUCAAGCAAAACUCCUGUGGCCUCCUGUGAAAACAUAAUUUCAUCACAGCAGUAUAUCUCGUCUCAGAAUUCAAGAACUGGAGCAACACAGAUUGGGAGUACAUUGGCAUCACAUACUACAAUGCAGAAUGCAACAGCAGUGCACAGUGUGACUGGCACAGAACUGAAAAUUAGUGCUACAGCACCGCAAAGCAGCAGUGCCAUCCUAGGACAAAUUGAAAGUACUGUUCAAAAUAAACAUAUUGCAGAUCCGCAAGUGAAAAGUACAUCAGUACCACCAAGCAAAAAUACUAGUCAGAAUAAGAAAUCACCAGAGCCACAGGUUAAGAGUACACCACAAGCUGCAUCACAAAGCAGAAGUACCAAGGAACCUAAGAUAAAAAGCACUACAGCAUCUCAAAGCAAAAGUACCACAAUACCUCAAAGUACUGCAGUACUUAAAAGCAAAGAGACUUCUAAAGUGAAAAAGAAGAGUACUGCAGCAGUGCAGAGCACAAGCACAAGCACAAGCACUUCACCACCAAAGAAUAAAAGUGCUGAAGCAGCUGAGAGUAGACACAACAUGGCAAUACCAGGAAAAAAUGUUGCAGAAUCAGCUCAAAGCAAAAGCACUGCAGACAGCUUGCAGUGGAUGACAGAAACAGCUGUUCCAUCAGAACGGCCUGCUCACAAAGGAGAAGCAAUUUCUCACUUAAUGGAGAAGGAUGCGCAGUCUCAAAAAAAAGCCAUGUUUGUUCCUCUCACUCUGGUGGGCCCACCUGUCCCUAAAUUAGCUGAAAUUAAACAUUGGUCUUCGGUCCCAUUAUCAACGCACCCUGCUCCCUGUGCUGACUCGACCAAAAGAUCCUACCCAGACCGAGCUGGCUUAGCAGAAGGAUUGGAGAAUCUGUCCACAGACUUGGUAGCUAAUGACACUGAUAGUUCCUUACCUCAGACAGUCAUUCAUCAGACAUCUGCUGUCAGCACAGCCAUGCAAGACUUGACUUCCGGCUUCAGCCAUUAUGCUGACAUGCCACCAUCUAGCUUUGCGAGCUGCUCAUUUGGUCAGUCUAUGUCGUAUGCAGCUGUAGCACAAAAACCCGCUGUGCCGGUGCCUCCAGGUGGGAGCCUCUUUCCUCAGGCUAGUUCUUCAGGUGAAAAAGUUGGCAAAAGCAGGCAGAGGAAGAGGUCACGAAGAGGGGGAAAGGGAAGGAAACAAGCAGUUAAAGUCAGUGCUUUUGAAAUGCCAACAUCCAUCAUGCCUUCCAGUAUCAUGGAGGACACAAGCUCUUCACCAGUUACUUUCAAAGGGUCUGGCAAAGUGCCAACCUCAUUCGCUCCCCUGCCCAAUGGUCAGGUAUGGCUUGCCUAUGGUGACAGAGAUCCACAUAUUGACCUGAUGAAUGAAGAUAAGAUCAUUGAACGGGUCCGCGUUGGAGGCAACAUCUACCAGGUCUCUUGCAUCACUGAUGAAUGCAUCGCUCUCUUGUCUCAGUCACCAUACCCUCGACUUCUGCUGAUUGACAGCACCAAAAAGCCUUCUGAAAUGCAUGUAUUGGAUAUGAAGACGACUGCAUUCAGCGUUGGUUUCACAGGCAUAGCUGUCUGCGGCUAUAGGUCUCUUUUGUGGAUACAUCUGAAUAGUGGAGCCAAAGAGCUGAUUGUGUCAGAAGAGGAUUCUACCUUCAUAAAGACCAGUUCAUGUGCUGUGAUGUUUCGAGAUGGAAGUGAAGUCAUCUGUGUGGCAGACAAAGGAGGACAUGCUGUAUGUUUCUUUGAAAAGAAAUUAAAGAAAGGUGCUAUAACCCUUGAGCCAUACACAGGCGCUGGGCUUCACCCCAGUGACCAGAAGAAGGAUUUCACUCCCAUCAGUGUAUCAGCACACAGUGCUGGUUUUCUUGGAAUCUUGGACUCUACAACCCAGUCUGUCCUAAUCCUUGAUUCCAAGCUGCAGCUGACUUCAGUCAUCUCUAAGCAACAUCUGUGCUGUGGUAUUCCCUCAGUCAUUGCAUUCUCAGCAGACAGUUCCUGCAAGCUCUGGGUCGCUUCAGAGCCUGGCCCCUUAUGUCUGGCACCCUUACUGUUGCUCUACAUUUGACCAGCAGAACUAGUACCACUCAGCAAACCAGAAGAAAGCUUCAAACAUCGACAAAGAAGCCAUGAGAAAUUGAUGUUUUUGAGCUGCGUAUGUGUCAACUUGUUGCACUUAUUUAUGACUUGACUGCCCAGUAAGCUAAUUGCCAGCCUUGCUGUCCUAGCAGAUUUGAUUCUUGUUUUUGUGACAACAGCAUUGUAUCAUCUGUUUACAGUUUUCUGGUCCCCUAUCUGCUUAGUGGAGACGGCACACUAAAACAUCUACUGCUGGUUAUCGAGUUUGUACACCUAUUCAGUGUUAAGCGCGGCUUAUGUUGGUUUGCUGUCAAUAUUUACAUGCCUUUCACUGUUCAUGCUGUGAAUUCGUCUCUUGCUGUUAACUUCCAUGCAGAAGUUAAGGAUCACAUAUCCAGUUAUCUGCUGCUGUAUUAUAGCUUGUGAAAUAAACCUGUGAUCCAGAUAAUCGUUCAAUCCUUGAAUCCCACUCCUACAAUCCAAAUAUCUGAGUGAAUUUACUGAAAGAAUUUGUGCCAAUUGUUUGAUACAGUAUUUUAGAUUGCAUUCAUAUUAUCGCUUAAUUGAUGUGUUGUGUACUUUUAUCUUAGCAUUGUGAUUGAAAAUUAAUAGACUGGAUCUCAUGUUUGACUAAACAAGUUGAGCAGUCAAUUUGAGGACAGAUUUUUUAUUUCAUUCUUUGUGAAUAUGAAUGGCUUUUUGAACAUGUCCAUUUUUCAUUGAUGAUUUGGACGUGAAACUGAAUGUAAUUAUGCAUGGAAACAUAUUUCUGUCAAGUGCUGUGAUGUUGACAGAAAAAAAGCAACUAUUAGCAAGCAAACUAAAAUCUAGUAUAAAUGUGUAAUAGGUGAACAGCAUUAUACUGACUAUAAUGUCCACUUUAAAUUAUCAUUCUAAGGAAGAUUUGUCACAGCAGACUUGCCCAGUCAACCCAUCUGUUAAAAAUGGGUACCUGACUCCAUUGAGGGUUGGGGAAAGUAAAGUUUUGAGGAAAAGGAGACACUGCCCUUCCAUAGCCCCAAGAAGGGUUAGGUCUCUAACACCUCACUCCUCAAUGACCUAAAAAUGGUCACCUGACAAUCUUAACUCUUACAAAAUUUGUAAAAAUGCUGACACAUGCACUCAUGCAGCCAUCACAUAAAUCGAUCCCUCCCUGUACACACACAUAUAUGGGCAUACACGAUACUCCACAACUAGUUGCAUACAUGUACACUUGUGGUCAUAUCUACCGAGUCAAAUACAUAUGCAUGCCAGUUGCAAUCAAAAUAUUAAGUAUUGCCAAGGUUUGUAGAUUUUUUGUUCUAUUUUGUAUCGCUUUCUUUUAUACUGAAACAUUUUGGUUUUAAAGUCCUAUCAAGCGUUUGAUGAAAAAAAAUCUUUCUCAACAAUGAGAAAUUUGCAGAUGUGCAAUUUUUUUGAUUUUUCUAGGACAUUUAUCAGAUAAUUUGUCAAGAUGAAUGAGAAGUUGUUUUGCAUUUUGUUGAAAUGUUGUCUUCAGCCAGCAGGCUUAUUUUGUUUGUUAAUCUUCUGGUAUUCUGUUUGCCUCCAGUACAAACCAGUUAUUUUUCACAAAGGGCAAUGUUUUAAUUUUUUAAUGUUUCUUUUAUAUAUAUAAAGAUUUUUGUUUAUUAUUGAAUCCACGAACAUGUCAAUCUGCAGAAUUCCAUUAAUGAAUACAAUGAUUUGACAGGCAGUAAUGACUCACCUGUAUGAUGACUGUUUUUGAUGCCUGUCUGUAAAACAUUUCUCUGUUUUGUUUUAUGUCUUGUGUACACCUCUACCCAGUCUGUGUUAGCUAUCUCUCUCUGAAAAAUAAAUUUAUAUCUUUAAAGAUAUGCAUAUCACCAUUGUUAAGCUGUGGAGAUGCAGCAUAAAUGAUUAAUAUAAUCACUUAAAAGCAAGUUAUUGCCCGUCUUAUAUACAUCUGGGUAUUUUAUUGUAUGCAUUAUGCAUUUUAGUAAUUUUUUUAAUCUAUCAACCAAUUAUAGUUCAUUAACAAUGUAGACGAGUCAUAUUGGAGAUGCAUAAUUGUGUACCAUUGGUAGCAAGAUCUUCAUUGUGGCCUUCCCUCCAAUCAUUGCCAAUCUGGGCUGAGGGAGCAGUGAGGAUGAUGAUUAUGAUGACAUAAAUUGUUCGCACCAUAUCUACAGCACAGCUGGUACAGAACACUAGAACACCCUAGAACACCUGGUUGUGCUUUUCUUUGUGUGCAGGUAUAGUAAAGAGACAACAAACAGGUCUAAAUUGUUUGUGCUGUUGUGUUGAUGAAAAAAAAUUGUGCUGAUUGCUCACUUUUGCAAUGACAUGCAGGAUAAAAUAAUACCUUUGAUGACCAAUAGUUUGAAUGUUAAGUUACUUCUGUUAUCACUGGUUAUCUGAAUUUUUUUUAAUUUAAAAUCUGCAACCUACUACUAUAUCUUCCAAAUUGUUUCAACUGACUGCAGGUAGUGCAAAGAAUGAUCACUGGUGCAGGUGCUGUCUUCUAAGCAUUUUUUGCCUGUAUUUGCAAAGCUGUUACUAGAGCUGUUGAUUUGUUUACUUUUUUUUACAUUUUCUCUGCAUUCCACACUGUUGUUAACUACUUUAGUUUGCUCAGUUUUUGGUCAGGCUGCACUCUAUAAAUGUGAAUGAUUUAUAAGUUUAUUUCUUUCCCUUUUCCACAAAGCCACUAGGCCAUGGGGACCUUUAUCAUGGUUUGGGGAUAGGCAGUUGUUAUUUUCAGCUUAGUUUCAUAAUGGUUUAUUGUAAGACUGUUGGUUGUCUAUCCCCAUAACUAUAAACAAGCAGCUAAGGACAUUUUUUUCUACAGUGCUCCUGCUUCCCACAUGUACAGAAACAAAGUCGUGCUUGAUGUUGAUCUUUCAAUCUUUUGGGCUUUAACAUAAGUGCUACAUGGGCUUGCAAUUUUGUGUGAAAAGAAAAAGUUAAUUCUGAAUGUGGGGCCAGAUCAGGAUACGUGAGUGAUGCUUGGUGUUAACUUCUUUUGCAUAAAAUCCCAAGCACAAGUAAUAUUUAGGGUUAACAGUUUUUACAUAAAAUUCUGUUAACGUCCUGAAGACCUUAGGCUACAAAUUUUAUAUGAAGACUGUUGAGAGACUUGCUUCCAGGCUCUACCUGUCCUUUUUACAGUCUUUUGUUAACCUGAUGGAUUUCCACUGUUAUUUAAGUGAAAGGCAUUAUGACCCCAUCCUGCUGAAUGUAUAUUGUGGCCAAAGUCUACAGCUUAAGGGUAAUAAAAUACAGCCCAAAUUACUUCUGUAUAACCUUGGGUCAAAGGGUCAAGGGCUGCUGUCUCCAAUAAUUUAUGCUGCUGCCCUCUUUUUCAUGAAGUCUAAGAUUAUUUGCUGUGGACUUAAUUAUUUUGCAUCUUUUGUAGAAUGUAUGAAAAACUUCAGCUGCUGUAUCAGUGAUAUUUUUUUCAAGCAGUUGUUAAUUGGUCUUGAGGUAUUUUAAAUGUGAUUUAAAUUCUCAUUUUGUCAGCAAGUGUUUUGCACUGGGUUAGAUUUCACAGUUUGUGAGUAUAUUUAUUUUCAGAACAGAUAGAUUUAACAGCUUCUUAAAUUUAUGCCUGUUUCUAGUCUUCCCCCUUUUAUAAUUAUUUUAGUUAAUUUGAUUCCUAGCAUUUUUUUUGGGGGGGUGGGGGAUUGAGUAAGAGGUGAUAAUCAAGCACAGUUCACAGAGCAUAAGACCAUAUCACACUGUGCUUGGCACCCAUAUCCAAACUGAAACUUUUGCAAAACAAGAGUUGUGGGACCCUAGUGAAAUCAAUAUUGAAAUAAAAAUGUAAAUCAAGCCUGUGGAGUAAAUAGCAUUCUCUCCAAUGACAUACAUUGAAUGCACAAGUAUGCCUUCACUUUUCAGUACAAUUUAAUUUAUGCAUUAAGGAAGUACUAAUAUGUUACAAUUAUCAUGAUUGCUUCAGCAGUGUAAUAUCAUGAAACUGCAUGUUGUUCAUUGAUGUUAGAUGCACAAGUAUCGCAUAACCUCUAAAAACAAGUUUGAGUGUCAUCGCAAAUGGAAAAGAAGUUUCCAGAGCAAUUUUUAAAACUUGUUGCAUUUAGUCACUUUUAUUUGCAUUAUUUUUAAUGCUUGGAUAGAAAGCACGAAGGGCAGAUGCCAUAUUUUUUUUAAAUAUCUGAUGUGAAGAGAUGCCAUAAUUUUUAUUACCAAAAGCUCUCAAAAAUGCAAUCAGUUGCACUGAACUGUUAAAAAAAUAUCUAUCGAAAUGUGCUGCAAAAGACUUGUGUUGAGAGUGUCAUUGGAAUAAAAAUAAAUUUACUUUGCUCUUUGC